AUGAUCUAUUCCCACAUAGCAGCGUCUAGCUUUCUGCCUAGUAGAACAAAGAGAAUAGCUAAACAAGGCAACGGAGAUGAUCCAUGGUCAAGGUAGUUUUUUUCUUGUGAUGCCGCGUGUUGACCGAGGUUCGCUUUUUUUUUUUGUCCAGUCAUUGCAAAUAAUUUUAGAUUUACGAAGAUGUUAUUUCCUAAGACUUCGAGUAAAAGGUGAUGAACCUCUGGAUGUGGUGAAAAAUGUAUCUCCUCCAGAAUCACCAAUCAGGAAGCCGGCAGUGGUCGACAUAAUACGUGGGUUUCAGAAAAAAAGUUAUCAACUUUUGAGUUUUAGGAAAAAUUAAAAAAUACUUUCAUUCUCAAGAUCUUCGUGGUUAUCAGAGUGACCCUCCCAUUUGAUGGACACCUUUUCCAAUCAAAAUUUUCCAGCAAUAAACCCUCAUCUGCACCGUCGAUCUCGGCAUCCACCUUCUCGAGCAAGCACCAGAAGAAUAAGGUUCAAAGAUUACUUUUCUGAAAGUUCCACAUUUUUUUUAGUUGGAGCAGCGGCAGACCUCAAACGAGAGAAAUCUCACCAACAUUUUCUGAACCCGAUUUUUCUAACCGACCUCCGAAGUCGGUGCAAAGUAUCAGGCAAAGCAAAUCAGAAACCUGGCUACUUGACGGUUGGAUUAAUGAACAAAUUUUAAUUUUUUUUUUCUUUCAGAUUAUCAAAAAGCUCCAACUCCUGUUGUUACACCAAUCAUCAGAAAGAAGUUUGCCAAAUUUUUGAAUUUCCAAGGAACACAUGUCUUACAGAAAACCUUCCAAAAAACCAAAAACUCGACCAGGAACAGUAAAUCAAACUAAAAUAGGAGACUCUCAUUCUAUGAAAGUUCGAAAACAUCAGGUAUUUCAAAAAAAUCCUUCAUUCAAUAAAAUUCAUAGGACUUGCGGUACCAACAAGAUAAAGCGAGAACUCAAAGCUCUAAACAGCCCGUCUCCAUUCUCAGAAAAGCCAGGUCGGAGAUAAAUCUCGGACCUCGUCCAACGGAGCCACUGAUGAAAUCGGCAACCAACAAGGUUUCAAAAACCAUUCUGUCCAUUUUCAAAAAAACUUUUCUCGAAAAAAUAUAUCAAGUUAUCUCAUACUGAAGAAAGAGACAAAAAUCUAAUCAUCUGAUCCAGGUUUUUUUAUAGCUCUUUUUCAUGUAGAUUGAACAGUUUUGGUGUUCUUGGAAGUCUGACAAUCUUUCUAUUUGAAGCUUCUGAUUAACUUUUACAAUACGAAAAAUCAAUAAAAAUCACUGAAAAAUUAUAAAAUCAGUAAACAGCCAAGUUUUUAUUCUCCCUGUUGUCUUUUUUUCAAAAAGCUAUUCGAUGAGAAUUUUAAAUUUUUGGUCGUUCAAAUCCCAAAUUUUCAACUUAUCAAAAAACUUGAUGAAGAUCCAAUUCAUAUUAUAAUUUGAGGGGAAGAAGCCCAGAACACAUCCGCCACGUUGGAAACACAUCGGCGAUCCAACGAUGAAGGCCUACAAUACCCGCCAAGAUCAUAA